AUGGAUCUUCACGAGAUCCAUUGCCUUUUCAAGGAUUCGGCACAUGCAGGAGAUCGGCGACGCAAGAGCCAGCUUUGCAUUGCAGGUGUGAGCCAGAUUCACAACAAGCAGUUCGGGUUCAAAAACGGCACUGCGCUGCUGGGAACUUUAGGGCCAGUUGCACGUGCACGAGUGAACCAGCUCUGGACAGACAAUCCCGAGUCGGCGCCAUCUCCAUCAGUUCGUGUAGCUCAACGCGGAGUUCCAGGGACAAAGGAGAUGUUGCAGAAAUUGCUGGAGGGUCUUGACCCCCCACCCGACACCAAAAUCUUCGUUGUGGAUUUGACGUUGAACAGGUGGAAUGAGUGGGGCCGAUGCCUCUGGGAGCUGCAGAGAGAUCGCUUGAAGUCUGAAGGCCAAGGCCUUGACUGGAAAUUUGUCAGCUAUGUAAUGAAGGGUGACGAUGAAGCCACGUCUGGAAUCGAUCAAGCCAUCAGCUGGAUUGAGGGUCGUUCCUUCUCUGAAUGGUGGGAUGAUUGCCCAGAAGCAGGCCCCAAGACACGUUCCAAGUCUGACUUCUGCGAGCAGAAGCCAACGUUGGACAUUCUUGUGGUCAGUGGGGGAAAGCUUAAGAUUCCAACUGCUGUCCUGGACUCACUCCAAGGGCAGGGCGAGUCACUCCAGAUGGAAGUGGAGCAGUGGAAUUCAAAUCAUGACUUGAAACUGCUUGCCACCAUCACUUCCCAAAACACCAGAGCGAAGGAAGACGAUCGCACGUUGUGCGCGCCAGUUUUUGCUGAAGGCGACAAUCACUUGAACUUCAAGCGGCUCGUCAGCUUGGAGUCUUUGACGGUGAUGACCCAAGGAGAGUUCGAAGCGCAUGUUGUGCGCUUGGGCUGCAUUCGAGCAAUGGGCUGUGCUGACUUGUUUGUGGUGGCCGGUGACAACUUCCAACUGUGGCUCCUCAACCCUGCCGCCAAUGAAGUGACUUGCGAUGCCUUUGAGAUUUUCGGCUUCAAUGUUGCAAGCUACACUGAAAAGGCUGCAGGCAUUGCUCGGGCGGAGUCGAAGGAAGCUAUCCCUUUCCUCUUGGAGCGUGACACUGAUCUCCUUUGCUUGCCCGGACCCACAGGCAAAUCAUUGUUUUGCACUGCGGAGCUGGCUUGCUUUCUUGCCCAGAAGCAGGGAAUCACAGAACUGAGCAUCGCAGACCACGCCUUGACACCGUUGGUAGAGGACGGAACUGGAGCUCCACGUCCAUUCCGGUAUAAGGUGACCUGUCAAGGUAAAGUCACUUGCUUCGAGCCAAAGCCCCUAGCGCCAAGUGCAGACCUGAUGGAUCUCAGAGGAUCAAUGUUUGGGGCGUACUAUUUGCGCAAUUUCGACAAGUUGCCGGCUUCGUCUAUGUGCAGAACUUUGUGGGAGGUCAGCAUGGACCAUUGCACAGUCCGCCCAUUGAAGCCAAAAUUUUGGCUCACCUGCUCAGUGAAGAUUCCACCGCAAACGGCUCUCAAGCUCGGCUAG